CUCUGCUCCUCAUUGCGCACACACGUCCAACCAGUCCGACCAGUCCGCAGCAGACAUGGCAGCCGACCGGACCGGGACGACGCUCGAGGAAAACGUCGAGGUUCAUUCAUCAGAAAUGGGAGAGUUGGAGGAUCACGGGUGUAACAUCCCGAAGAGACAUGCCCGGGUCACCGUGAAGUACAACCGGAAGGAGCUGCAGCGGCGGCUGGACGUGGAGAAGUGGAUCGAUGACAGUCUGGACCGGCUGUACGCGGGUCAGGAGAGCGACAUGCCAGAGGAGGUGAACAUUGAUGAUCUGAUCGACCUGCCUAAUGACGAGGAGCGAGUCAGAACCCUACAGGAGCUUCUUCGAAAAUGCAACAACAGCACAGAGAUGUUCAUCAAAGAGCUGGUGGCGAAGCUGGAGGGAGUUCACAAACAGGACGAGCUGCAGAGCGACGGCAUCGAGCAUCCGGUCAUCUGCCACAGCCACUACCGCCACGAGCCCUACCACUUCAACAACCCACAGCAACAACCCUUCCGGCACAAACAAGACCAGAACCAGACCUUCUGAUGACCCAGGAACACACACACACAAACUGUUUGACAUCAAGACAAAAGGCAGAAAUCAGUGAAGGAUUAAAUCUACUGUAAAACUUUUAAUGAACUCGAUCAGCCGCUCAUAUCUGUACAAAUAGACCUAAAGCCAGCUGAGCAAAAAGACAGAAAUUGGUAAAUCACGAGCCUGGCUCUGUCCAAAAGACACAAAGUCCGUCCACCAACACCUCUAAAGCUCACUAAUUAAUAUUAAUCACCAUGUGGCGUCUCCGCUGGUUGUCUGGCAACUUCAGGGUGGUGACAAGAUUCCAGGAAGUCACUGAUCCAGGCCAAGAACUAGUCUGGCACGGAGCCCGCCGUGAAACCACCACAUGUAGUUUAUAUACUUCAGUUUAUAUGUGGAUUAAACAAAGGAGGCAUCGCAUGUUUAUACACGUCUGGUCCUAUAGACGCCCACAUUUAUCAUCCAAUGGAAAAAGUCCAUACGUAGUCUUUAGGAUCUAUAAAUGUCAGCAACAUAUAUCAAUACUUUAAUCUGAAAAAGUGAACAAAAGCCUCUGUAGGUUUACCAGACCUCUAACUCACUGACAGAAAACAAGCUUAUUUAGCAAAACGUUCCUCUAAACACUUGUUAAACAGCUCUGUGACGUAUUCUGUUGGUGGAUAGUUCAAUAAAACAUGACGUAGAAAUAAGUUCUCCCAUCUAAAGUCAAUCAAAGAGAAGUUAGACAUCCGACAAGAGGAAAUCAAAUAGAAAACAACAUCUAAUGUUCCACUAACAGCAUCCAAAACAGCAGACCACAUUUAUUAAUACGGGACUCUCACUUGUACAUGACUGGAAACAUCCUUCACCGGCUUAUUCUGACUGUCUCACAGCAAAGUAGGAUCAACAGAAACAUAGAGCUCUUCUUUCUGAGAUAUGAUCAGAGGAUGGAUUCUCCACCAACGUCUCCGUCUGACUUCACUGCUGAGCUGAACUGAGUCCCGGUUGCAGCUUGUUCCACACAAACAGUAACACUGCCGUCAGACGUGCAGACCUGUAGGACUUAUUUAACAUCAGUUAAAUUAAGAUGGUUAUUUAUUGCCAUGAUUACAGGAGACAGACGAGGAUCCUUCAUCCCAGUAUGACGUAACACUGGAAGUAAUCCUGUUGCAUGACUCACACUCUGUGGCUGUUUAUUGACGUUUCACUUCUGUUUUUUGGACUGUGUCGUUACUACACGUUCACUAAACUGUAAUUCUGCAGAGAGAUGUCAGAUGUUGGCAGAAAUUGCUAAUAAAAUGUUUUCCUUAAAUGUC